UCUGGCACAGCAUUAUUAAACAGUCCUUAUAAAUACACCGCCCAACCCGGCAUCUUGCUGCACCACAGACUUGGAAAAUUGGCUCAACAAAUCCGACUGAAAAAGAAAAUGACGAGUCUUAGCUUAAAACUUCUGUGUGUCAUGCUUCUCAUCCUUGUGGCCACCCAGUGGCCAGGCUCUGAAGCUCAGAGCUGCCGUCCCAGUGGCCAAAUCAGGGGCAAGAAGCCUCCUCCAGGGCAAUGCAACACGGGAAAUGACUCGGAUUGCUGCAAGGAAGGGAAAAUGUACCCAGUCUACAAGUGCUCGCCGACAGUCUCGGGUAACACCGAGGCCACUCUAACCAUCAACAGCUUUGAGAAGGGCAAGGACGGGGGAGGCCCGUCAGAAUGCGAUAACCAGUACCACUCUGAUGACAUCCCGAUUGUGGCUCUGUCAACGGGGUGGUUCAACCACAGAAGUAGGUGCCAUCGUAACAUUACCAUAAAUGGGAAUGGGAGGAGCGUGACAGCUAUGGUGGUGGACGAAUGUGACUCCACCAUGGGAUGUGAUGACGACCACGACUAUCAGCCUCCAUGUGCUAACAAUAUUGUCGAUGCAUCCCGCGCUGUAUGGGAGGCCCUGGGAGUUCCCCAGGACAGCGAUGACUGGGGGUGGAUGGACAUUUCCUGGUUGGACGCUUGAACCUUUGUCUAGUAUGUGUACAGUUGCCCAGUGUGGUUCAUUUAUCUAUGUGAUGAAGUGUGUAUCUACGAUAUUGAUAUUGCGUGGACUUGUAAAGUAUGUCCGAUAUGUAAUCAUCAACUCUUAUCUUCGUUUCUACGAAAUAUGAUGCAUUUCAUACUGUUACGAUCAA